UAAAAAAGUUUCCGUUGUUGUUGAGAAAAAAUUGUUGGUUUAUUUUUUUUUGAAGCUGCUUUUAAGUGUUAACUUGCAGUGCUGUUCUAUUUAAAUUAAUUCUUGAGACAAGUGUCUGCUUCGUAGUUUAAAUUAUUUAUUAUAUUUACGUGCGAUAAAUGUUUAUUUGUCUGAAGAUUUUGUAAAAGUAUACUUAUGUAUUUUUAAAUUGUAACACGUAGGUAAAAAAGUUAAUUUACGUAAUAAUGGCAAACUUGGUAGCAACAGAUGCCUUGAGGAGUAAUUUUAAUUCAAAAGAACGAUGGAGAAUAUUAAAAAACAUAAUAAUGAUUGGGAUUGCAUUCAUGAUUCAUUUUACGGCAUUCAUGGGUGCAAGUAACCUCCAGAGUUCGAUAAAUGCCGACCAAUCACUCGGUACAUUUACACUCGCCUCUAUCUAUGGAAGUCUUAUACUCAGUAAUAUUUUCUUACCUGUACUUAUGAUAAGUUGGUUAGGAUGUAAAUGGACAAUUUCACUGUCAUUUAUUGCAUAUAUUCCGUUUAUAGCCGCGCAGUUUUACCCCAAGUUCAUGACAAUGAUUCCAGCUGGGUUGGCCGUUGGAUUAGGCGGUGGGCCAUUGUGGUGUGCUAAGUGUACAUAUUUAACGGUAGUUUCAGAAGCUUAUGCAACAAUAUCUCAACUCGGAGCUGAUGUUCUUGUUACCAGAUUUUUCGGAAUGUUUUUUAUGUUUUAUCAAAUGGCACAGGUCUGGGGUAAUCUGAUUUCUUCAGCUGUAUUAUCUUACGGCAAAGGAGAUUUGCCAGUAGUAGAAUUGAACAGCACAAAAGUAUCUGAAAUAUGUGGAGCUAAUUUUUGUCAAAUAGUUGAAGAAAAUCCCAAUUUAGCUCCACCGCCGGUCGAGCGAAUCCAUUUAAUAUCCGGAAUUUAUCUUGGCUGUAUGGUCCUGGCGUCUCUGAUUGUCGCGUUUGGAGUUGAUUCUUUAUCAAGGUACGAUAAGGGUAGAACUGGAUCAGCAACCGGACAAUCGGGGCUCAAAUUGCUCGCCGUAACAUUAAAACUGUUGAAAGAAAAACGUCAGUUACUUAUAUUGCCGAUAACAAUUUUUAUUGGAGCAGAACAAGCGUUUCUAUUCGCUGAUUACAAUGCAUCUUUUGUUUCGUGCGCAUAUGGAAUAAGCAACAUUGGUUUUGUCAUGAUUUGUUAUGGUGUCGCAAAUGCAGUCGCUGCCUUAGCAACUGGAUCAAUUGUUAAACUGACAGGACGGAUUCCAGUUGUUGUCUUUGCGUUUCUACUUCACUUGCUCCUCAUAAUAGCACUUUUGUAUUGGAAACCUACGCCAGAACAGGGCAGUAUAUUUUACCUGAUGUCGGGACUGUGGGGGAUCUGCGAUGCAAUUUGGCUGGUCCAAGUUAAUGCUUUAAGUGGGAUCCUGUUUCCUGGAAUGGAAGAAGCAGCGUACUCGAACUUUCGACUGUGGGAAGCCACUGGUUCAGUUAUUGCGUACUCUUAUAGCUCUUAUUUAUGCACCAGCACUAAAUUGUAUUUACUCAUUGGUAUUUUAAUAAUCGGGGUCGUAGGUUAUGGUAUUAUUGAGUUCACCGGAACUAUUUCUAAAGUUAUUUUAGUUGAUCCGAAAACUGACUUCGAACUAGUAAACAGUCGCGAGCCCGCCAAUGGAAAUUAAUUUAAAAAAUUUCAAAUAAUUUGUUUAUU